UUAUUUCUUUUCAUAUUGAUCCAAUUUCUCUAUCCUACUGUUAAUGGUCAUGAUAGGGAAAGACUUGCUACUAAUACAGACUUAAAGGCGGUGAUGGAGAAAUUAGAGGAACUUCAGACGACCGUACACCUCCAAAGUGAUCGUAUUUCUCAGUUAGAGAAUCAGAACAGAAACUUUGAAAAACUUAUAGCCACCGGUCUCCGCAGCAACGAAAACAAGCAAGAUGAACGGAUUUCCAUUCUAGAAAAUCAGUACCUGUGUUUAGAGGAAAGUUUGGUGAAGCAAUCCAAGGACAUUUUAGCUGAGAAAAAUCUUAAGGAGACCACUACAAAAAAGAUAUCCAUGUUACUGAAUAGACAGAAUGUCCAAGAAAAACUAUACAGAGGUCUAAAGAAUCGACUACAAAAUUUGAUAUACUUCCAGCAAAAAAAGUCAUCUUACCCUAAAGCCUUCACACAACAUAAAGACAGUUUAAUAAGAAAAGUGUGAUUGCUUGCUCCCGUGACAACAUCUGCAUCAAACGGCAACGUUGUUGCUUUCUAUGCGUAUUUAUCGAAGAAUGUUCCAUCUCC